UUGUAUAGAGAUUACGCAGAAUCAUUCCGAUCCCUACCUCCUCGCGAAAUAGCCGUUUAAUUAAAGCACGAACAAUAUAUAACAUAUCGUGUAUUGGCAAAUAUGAUUUAUUAUAAUAUAUUAUUUGUAAUAUUUGUGCUUAGUGUGAAAUCAGCGAGAAUAUCAAAAGAUACAAUUGGUUUUCCGGAAUCUGAAGAGAAUGUUAAUUUAGUAAAUAGAGAGGAUCGUCAUCCAAUUUAUUUGCCAUCAUUAUGCGGUGAAAACGAACUUUAUUAUCCCGGAGAUCAAAAGGACGACUGGAUAUGCGAUUGUAGGCCUGGCUACUUAUACUAUCCAGAAAAGAACUCCUGCUGGCCGGCAUUCAGACGUGGUCCAUGCUCCAGCGAUGAGCACUUAGUUUUACGUAUCAACUCUGUGAUACCAAUCUGUGUCACCAAUCCGUGCGCCGAUGGAUUUGUGAUGUGGAAGGGCAGAUGUGAGCGCCUCGGUUCCACAGGCCCCUGCCCAAACGAGUUUCCUCCCGCUGUUCUAUGGAUCAAUGCUACAACAAUUACAGUUGAAUGUAUAGCUCUUAAUUUUGACAACAGAUACGAUAUAUAUACGUCAACAGAAAUGUGUCUCCCGGGUUGUAAGAGACACGUACAAAGUAUGUGUGUGCCGCGUAUUAUGUAAAUAUGUAUUAUUAGUAUAAAGGAAAGAAAUAGUGUUAAUAUUUAUUGUAGCGUAUAAAACGAUGACUAAUGAUUUAUAACGUAUUGUAUUUUGUAAUCCUUAUAGAACCGCGUGCAAGUAGGCGUCUAGUCUGUUGCCAUGGCGACCGGAAUUUGUAUACUUGCAUCGAGCUUUGUUGUUCUCUGUGAAUUUAUUACAUUCAUUAUUAAUUAAGAGUUAAUACGUUUAUAUGUAGAGAUAACGAGUGAUAUAAAUAAAAUGAUGAUAUGGAGAUUAUUGUUGUGGUAAGUUUUAUGCAGAUAUUAGAAUUUGAGCAUAGAAUUAUCUGAUAACGAAUAUGAUACAGUCGAAUAUAUUAUAUUGUUUAUCUUAAGGAUGUUUGGAGUUCAUCCUAAACGCGAAUACAUAUAUAUAUGUGAACAGUGUAAGUGAUAAAAGUAGGUUCGUUUGACGGAAUCCCAGUUUUCCGUAAUAUUUUUUAAUAAAUUAUUAAUGAAAUAAAUUUAAAAUUUUA